UCACCCCUCGUCUCUAUGUGUGGCUGUCUUGGAAGAGUGCAGUAGUGCGCACACAUGUACUCGACAGCUGGUGCACACGUUCCUGGUGCACACGCUCCUGGUGCACAUGCUCCGGAGCGGCUGGUGAUGCUACGGGAGCGUGAAGCAGGCAGUCAGCUGAUUUCUGGCCUGGUGUGGGGGGGUGGAGGCACUCGGGAGAGAGAGUGAACCAAGAGUGUCAGACGCGGCCGGUGAACAUGCUGCUACAGUGUGUAGGGAGGGGCGCUCCUGACGAGGAAGACGAGGAGGAGGAGGAGGAGAUAGAGGUGGUUGAGCGUGUUGAUGCCAGGCAGCUGGUGAAGGCUAGGUACCACACCACCUGUGGGUCGAACACUCCGUGGCGUGCCAAGGAUGCCACCACCUGCCCAAGUGCCAGGAUCAUACUCCUCAGGAACACCAUCUGCCCCACGAUUGAUGAAAACAGAAACAUGGAAUGUGAGGGGGACAGCGGAAUCUCUGGAUCAACAUCUGAGAGCAGCAGCGCCAGUGGGAGCCUUGCCAGUAGCCGCAAAUCCUCCGCCUCCAGCUUCUGCGCCUCGAGGAAGAGCUCCGCCUCCAGCUUCUGCUCCUCGAGGAAGAGCUCCACCUCCAGCUCGUGCUCCUCGAGGAAGAGCUCCUCCUCGAGUGUCGGGGGUCCGCCCUCACCCGGCACCUCGCCCUCGAGUGGCGCCGGCGCCAUGAGUGACUCGGACGUGAGCCUUGAGCAGCAGACAAACAAUAACAAUGACGAUGCCAACAAGCCCGACCCCUCCGCCGACGAUCUCAAGCUGCUGGCCGCCCUCGAGGAGGCUAACAG